CAUCAAACAAAAUAAGUAAAUUAUUUACAAUAAAAUAUAGUUUUUUGAAAAAAGAAAAAGAAAAAGAAAAAGAAAAGAACAAAAAUAAAGUUAAAGAGGACUCCCUCGCUCCUCCCUCUCCUUCUCCCUUUCUUUGUUUUCAUCACCACCACAUUUUCCUUUCUCAAUUUAUAGAUGUGUAAACAAAGAAUCUAAGAUUUUUAUUUUAUUUAUGUUGUAAUUGUUGUAAAGUUGCAAUCUUUUUUGCACUUUUGUGCCUUUUAUGAAGGAAAACUUCAACCCCAUAACAGAAAAAAUGAGCUUGGAUCCAGUGGUAUCUUCUCAAGGAAAUCUUGAUGAGCAGAUUUCUCAGCUUAUGCAGUGCAAGCCUUUAUCUGAACAAGAGGUAAAAGGAUUAUGUGAGAAAGCAAAGGAGAUCUUAAUGGAUGAAAGCAACGUGCAGCCUGUGAAAAGCCCUGUGACUAUAUGUGGUGAUAUUCACGGCCAAUUCCAUGAUCUUGCUGAGCUUUUUCGUAUUGGUGGGAAGUGUCCUGACACUAAUUAUCUAUUUAUGGGAGAUUAUGUAGAUCGUGGAUACUAUUCCGUGGAAACAGUAUCGCUUUUGGUGGCUCUCAAAGUGCGGUAUCCUCAACGGAUUACAAUUUUGAGGGGAAAUCAUGAGAGUCGUCAGAUUACUCAGGUUUAUGGAUUUUAUGAUGAAUGUUUACGAAAAUAUGGUAAUGCCACUGUGUGGAAGACUUUCACAGAUCUGUUUGACUACUUUCCUCUCACAGCUUUGGUUGAAUCUGAAAUUUUUUGCCUCCAUGGUGGUUUGUCUCCAUCUGUUGAAACUCUUGAUAAUAUACGUAAUUUUGAUCGCGUCCAAGAAGUUCCACAUGAGGGAGCCAUGUGUGAUCUUUUGUGGUCUGAUCCUGAUGAUCGUUUCGGGUGGGGUAUUUCACCCAGGGGUGCUGGAUAUACAUUUGGCCAAGAUAUAUCUGAGCAGUUUAACCACACCAACAACUUAAAACUAAUUGCAAGAGCGCAUCAGCUGGUUAUGGAGGGAUUCAAUUGGGCCCAUGAUCAAAAAGUGGUUACCAUAUUUAGUGCCCCUAAUUAUUGCUACCGCUGUGGGAAUAUGGCGUCUAUCUUGGAGGUUGAUGAUUGCAAUGGCCAUACAUUCAUUCAGUUUGAACCAGCUCCUAGGAGAGGAGAGCCAGAUGUAACGCGAAGAACACCAGAUUACUUCUUAUGAUCAAGCUGCACAAACUUGGUGAUUUUAUCGCAGCAGUUCUUGCUAAACUGGUCUAUAUUCUGUGACCUUCUUGGAAGUUCUAUAGUUAUUACAGCUAUAGUAUCUAGAUACUGCAAACUGCACGAAGCAUGUAAAUCGGGCAGGUGAUGCAUUCUUCCUUACAUACAGUUCUCCUGAAACUUCACGAAAAUGCAACAAAGAGACUGCAAAAACUUGUGAAGGAGUCACUAUGCAUGUAUCCUGUAAACAAUGAUUAAAUAACCCUUCUCUCUUUUCUUCUUAUAGUAUUUUUUUGUUACUAGCAGAAAGGACCAUCAUUUCAUUCCCUGAUUAUUUUUAUCCCCCUUGCAGAAGGACGAUAACUCUCGUGUGAGCUCUGUAGAGACAAGACAUUUUUUUUACCUUAAAAAUGGGUGCUUGAGUAAUUUAUAAUCUUUCACCUUGCUCA